AUGCCGAUGGACGCCGACCGUGACGAACGUCCCGGAUCCGCAUCUUCAACAGGACAGACGGCCAGCUCUUCAACCAACGGUGAAUGUACUUCCAGUCGCGUGUAUUCACAAUUAUCGUCCAUGAACUUGUCUUCGCCGACGACUACGCCCUCAACGCCACCUCGGAUUGGACAUGCAAAGGAGCAUGGACCUCAUCGCCGCCGCUCGUGACAACUUCGGCCUGGUCAUCAGCACGGAGAAGAUGGUGAUAAUGCAUCAACUACCACUGGACGCUGCCUAAGUUACACUCCAAAUCAACGUGAACGGCGCCCAAAUUCAAACCGUGGACAAUUUCACCUACCUGGGCAACACCCUAUCUCGCAGUACCAAAAUCGACAAGAAAGUGGCCCGCAGCAUUUCCAGGACCGGCCAAGCCCUCGAUCUCCUGCAAAAUACAGUCUGCAAUCGCCACGGUCUCAACAAGGUGAACAAGGCAGUCAUCUUGCCGACGAUGCUGUACGGAACGGAGACCCAUGUGGUCUACGAGAAGCAGGCGCGGAGGCUCAACCACUUCCACCUCAGCUGUCUUCGACGGAUACUACAACUGAGGUGGCAGGACCGGAUUCCCGAUACGGAUGAACUGGAGCGGACGGGAAUCCUCAGCAUUUACGCCAUGCUGAGACAACAGCAAAUGCGCUGA